AUGUAUAAAUUACAGUAAGCAAGACCAAAUACAGAAUGUUAAGAUGGCUUCCGAAAGAAAUAUCUUCCAUUCCAGUAAUUUAAAAGCGAAUCUAAAAUAGUUAAAGACUAGCCUAAAACCAAAAAGAGGAAGAAGAUUGAAAACAAACUUUAAGAUCCUUUAAAAUUAUAUGAAUUAUAUUUAAAAGCAUUAUAGGGAACUGAAUUUACAGAUGAUGAUUAAUAGGAGUAUGAAAGAUUAAUAGGAAAGUGUUCAUAUGAUUAUCAUACAGCAUUUUAUCCAGAUGGAGUGAUUUCGUAAUUAUAUAUAUUGAGAAAUUAUGAGCUUUCCUAACCCAGAUUAUGAAGAGGUUGCUCGUCCUUAGUAAAUGAGACCCUUAGAGUUUUUUGACUUUGUCCAAUAAGCUUUAAAGAUAAAUUCUAAAUCCUUAAAUGACCAAUUACUAUUUAAAGCAAUAGAGACUAGUUAUUAAUUUUUAUCAAUAUCUUAAUCUGAACUACAAAACUCAGUCUCUUCAGACCCUUUUCAAUUAUAAUCUUAAUAAAGUGAUGUAAGAUAUAAAUAAUUUUUUACCUAAUAAACUUAAUCAGGGAAAAGAUUUUCUAAAUCUAUUAGACCAAUUUUAAGUGCAUCAGAAAAAUUAAAUCUUGCAAUGAAAUCUUUAAGAGAAAAGUUUGAAUCAGCUUUAAGUUAAAAUAUGAAAGUCAAUUUGAUAGAUUUUAUAAAUUUGGAUUAUAAAAGUUUAGAAGAGACUUAAAUUAGAUGUGACAUAAAAGGAGAAUAUAUAAAUUAGAUAUAAGAAUAAUGGUUUAAGACUCCAAAAGAAGCAUUGGAUACAUCAACAAUGUUAAGGAAUGCAAUUUUGAUUAAAUUAUCAAGAAAGGGAUUUUAAACAAGAUAAAUGAUUUCAAAUGAUGGUAGAUGGAUAUUUUUAUUGAUUAAGAUGGAUGAGGAAAAUUUAAAAGUUGUGGCAGAAUAAAAAAAGCUUUCAAAACGAUUAAAUUUUUGGUUCAGUGACCUUUUUUCUCUUGAACCUGUUGAUAAAAGAUUAAGACCAUUAAGAUUAAAUAAUCGAUUAUGGAAGCCUUUUGAAUAUAAAUGCACAACAUUUUUUGAGUACUUGAGACCUCAAAUCAUAGAAUUAAUUGAAUAAAUCAAUUUCAAAAGAUUAAGUAGAGAAGUAAAUCAAAGUCACAUAAAUUAAGAAUUAUUUUAAUAUGGAAAAUAGGAUUUAAAUGAUGAAGAAGAUCAUGGUCCAUCUGAUGAUGAAUGGUUUGCAUAUUAUAAAUAUUUGGUUCAUUUAAAAAAGUGUGUGAGUGAACAUAGAGAAUAAAAUAUUAUUAAUAGUGAUUUAUCAGCUAUUUUAAAUAAAUAAAUGGAUUCCUUUUAGUUAUAUAUUAAAAGAUAGAAAAAGGAAUUAAUAUAAUAAGGUUUAGGAAAUAAAUAAGAAAUAUUUCUUAAUAAAUAAAAUAUAUUGAAUCCUGAAAAUAAAUAACAUUUAGAAAAAGUAGAAGUUUAUGAUUAAAAUGCUGAAUCUUUAAUGAAUGAAUAUAAAUAAUAUAUGAUAGAAUAAAACAUUCCAUUGACAAAGUAUAUUAAAAUCUUAUAGAAGGAGAGAUUGGCAUAUAAUUAUAUGUAAGCCUUUAUUGAAUCAUUAGAAGUGGCUAAUGAUUCUAAAUAAUAUAUAAGAAAUCUUUGGGACCAAGUUGAUUUAACACCAUAAGAGCCUUAUAUAAAUUUUAGGAGGCCUACAAAAAAGAUGGCUCCUACACUCUAAGCAUAAUAAUAAAUGAUUUGGUGUAAAUAUUAAAAAGAUGAAGAUGGAAAUAUUUCUGUGUUUUCAUCAAUUGAUAGAUUAAAAUUAGUAUAUUUAGCUGUAGAUGAUUGUUUUGAUAUAAAUUCCUUUACUAUGAAAGGAUUUAUUAGUCAAUUUUUUUGUUUAAAUGAUUAAUAUGAAUUAUUAGGGUAUUGUUAGAAUUUUGAGAAGGCCUUAACAAGUGAAACUUAAUUUUAUCAUAGAAAGUUAUUCUUUUUUGCAGAUGAAUGGAAAUUCAAAAUAUUUGAACCUUGGUAUGUACCUAUAGAUAUUAUAUGUUCAUAUUAUGGUGAGAAAAUAGGAUUGUACUUUUAUUUCUUGAGUUAUUAUACAAAAAUGUUAACAUUUAUUUCUGUUUGUGGUUUUGGAUGCAGUCUAGCUGAAUGGAUACUAAACAAUUAGGAUGGUGAAGCUAGUAUUAUAAUUACUAUGAUAUUCACAUUUGUAUUAAUUUAAUGGAAUAGCGUAGUAACUGAUUAUUGGAAAUAAUAAUAAGUAAGAUUUAAUUUAAAAUAUGGUUAAUUAAAUGAAAAGGAGAAAUCAACUGAAAGAUCAUCAUUUAAAGGAACUUUUAUUAGAUCCUUGGAAAAUGAUCAAUUGAAUUCAGCUGCCCAAGAUGACAGUGAUUUAGUAUUAAGGUUGUUUUUAGCCUCUAUUUUACUUGUUUUAUUAAUAGCAGCCUAUAGUGGAUUAGUUGUAGGAUUAUUUACACUUACAACAGCCUUAAGAAACUCAUUUGGAAGUGAAUUCUCUAAUGUUUCAGUGAUGUCAUUAGAGGUUACACUAUCAGCUACUAUUAAUGUAUUUGUUUAAUUAUUUGUUGAUAAAUUUUAUGAUUAUAUUUCAACAUCAGUAACUGAUUUUGAAAAUCAUAAAACUAUGUAAAAAUACGAAACCAGUUUUGUUGUUAAAAAAUUUAUACUUUAUUUUUGUUCAUAUGUGGUUCCAUUAUUAUUCAUAGGUUAUCUAAAUGGACCUUUAAAUUUAUAUUGUUCUAAAAGCAAUUGUUCUAGACAUGUACAAUAUUAUUUUUCUACUAUCAUUAUUUGGUAAUUUCUAUUUAAAAUUUUGCAGUUAUUUAAGUUUAUAUCAGAUUUAGCUAAAUAUCCAAAGAUUAAAUAUGAAAUCAAUGACAAUGAUAUUUUAUAAUUUAUUGAUGAAACUUCUAGAAGGCAAUCAUAUGCAAUAAGUCCUGAAAGAUAUGGCACUUUAGAGGAUUAUAUGGAAAUCUUAAUUCUUUAUUCCUUACUAAUUAUUUUCGGAUAUUCAUUUCCUCUUAGUUAUUUUCUUUUAUGGUCUUUCAAUAUUUUACAAUUAUAAGUCAAAAAGUAUUCCUUUAUGUAUUGUCUCUAAAGACCCUGGCCUUAGAAUGAAAGUUCUUUAGGAAUUUGGAAUAACAUUUUAGAUCUUGUUAAUUAAAUUGGUAUUCUCACUAAUACAGGCAUAAUUACAGUACUUUAUAAUAAAAAAUAUGGAGAAUAAUUAGUCUUAGUAUUCUUAAGUCUAUUAAUUUCAAAUAGUCUAUUUAAAUUUGUAAUAGCCUCAGUUUUUGGUGAUACUCCUUUCAGACUAACUUAAUUAACAAUAAGGCAUAAAUAUCUUCUUAAAUCAACUCUCGAAAUUUUUAGUAAGACUAAACACAGUUCAAAAAUAAAAAAAGAAGAAGAAGAUAUCUAUAAAAGAUUCCCCUUAUUCAAAGUAUUUAAUUCCACUAAUAAUAUGGAAUUUGGGAGUUUUUAAACUAUAAGCUCACAAUCAGAUCUUGAAGAACAUAUUAGAAAAGGAUAAAUGAGAAAUGAAAUGAAUUAAAAAAGAGAAAUUAAAAUACAACCUAAAAAGAUUGAUUUAGAUGAUCCACCUUAUGAAUUGUUGCAUAACUAGUUUUCAUAAAGAGUAUCAAAUUGGGCAUUUGAAAUCUAGUAUAACAAUUUAAACCCUUUUCAAAGGAAAAAGAAAUUAAUCAAAUAUUGGAAAUAUUUGUAUAAAUUGUCUGUCUUAACAACUUAUAAGAAAUUGUGGACUGAAGAUCGUUUGACUUAAAGACACUUUUUUAUGAAGAGAAAAAAAUUGGCAAUCAAAAAUUUAGAUUAAAGAAAAUUAUAUAUUUUAAAAUAGAAUUACAAACUUACUCAUUAAGUUUAUUUUGAUAAUGCAUAAUUAAAAUUUAGAAAAAAGUUUUAGUAAGUAACUAAAAACAGUAAUAAACCUGAUGAUAUUAAAGAAUAUGAAAAUAUGGUUUAGAAAUAAUAAAAUUAUAUUGAAAAAAAUCUGUGGUUAAAUUGUAGAAAAGUAGUAGUACUAAAGAUUAAGGCUAUUUGGAUUAGAGGAUUUAGAAAGACUGUAUUAAGAAGGUCUGCUAUAUAGAAUAUACGUUUAAUUACAAAAACAUCUGUUCAAAAUGGAACUUUUUCUCUAAAAAGUAAUAUUCAUAAAUAGUAUAAUAAAUUGUUGGAAACAAAUUAAAAAAUGGAUGGUUACAAUAUGAAAGAAUUUAUUAACAUGGUAAGUUAAUUGACAUUUGAAUAAAUGGAUUAGAUUGUUUAUCCUUUAACAUCAUAAUCAUUAAAUAUACAAUAGUAUAUAUUAUAUCCAAAAAAAUCAUAUAUUUUUAAAACUGUAAUUGAUUAGCUUAGAGAUACUUUUAUUUUUGAUACUUAGACUACUAAAUUAUAAGAAAUUGCAAUGUAAUUCUUUAUUGAAGAAUAAUUUUAGAUUGAAAAUAUUGAAUUAAUUAAGCAUUUUCAUGAUAAUAUUUGGUUAGGUAAAAAAAAUGAUUAAGAAUAUUUAGUCUAAUUUUUACAAGUUACUUAUAGUUAAAAAUUGUAAUUUUAAUAAAAAUUAGACAGUAAACAUGGUGUUUACUAUGCAGAAAGUAAAAACUAUUUAAGAUUAUCUAAUAUUAUAGAUUAAAUUGAUGAUUUUGUAAUUAAAGGAUAUUGUAUUUGUGUAUAUGAACUUGAAAAACCUUUAAGUUUAUGGCAAGUCAUAAAAUUUAGAAAAACUUAUGGAAUAGAUUAUAAAAUAGAAGAAAUACAUGAAUUUUUAUAUGCAAAUCUAGUAUUAAUGAAAUCCAAACCUCAUCCUUAUAUAAGUAUAUAUAAUUAUUUUCUUGAUGGCAGAUAAUAUGCUUUAUUAAAUACAUUAAAAAAUGAAUAACCAUUAUACAAUUUAGCAAAAGUUAUAAUAUAAAUGAUUUGUUUAAAACAAAUAGAUGAUCCAUAUUAAUAGUUAGAAUAAAUGGAUCACAAAUUAACAGAUGUUUUAAGAGCUAUGUUAGAUAACAAUAUAACUAUAGAUUAAAUUGUUUAUGAAAUUAGAAAACAACAUAAAUUUAAAGAGAUUUAAUAUGCAUCUGAAAUUUUUAAAUCACAAGAUUAAUCAUUUAAUACUUAAAUUUAAUUAUAUUUACAUAAGAUUAAUUGUUCAUUCAGAAUGAAAUUUUAUGAUUAAACAUUAAAUUUAAUUCAAUAAUUUGAUAAUAUUUUAAAAAGAGAAUAUCCACCUUAAAAUAAAGAUGCUAUAUCUAUUUUUUCUAAAUCUUUAAAAGAUGAUAUAUCUAAAAUUAUACUAUAGCCAAAUUAUAUGUAAAGAAACUUAGACAUUAUCUUAAUAUAUUAUUUAAAAAUGGCAACAUUAUGUGCAUUAAAACUAGAAUUUGAUGAAGAUUUAAAUAAUUUACUUAUUGGAAUCUAAAGUUGUUCUAAUGAAAUUAAUUUGAUUAUUAGAUAAUUGUGUCUUAAUAUUGAAUUUUAAAAUUUAAAUCCAACUGAAUAACACACACUUUUGAGAAAGAGAAAAAAGAAUAAAUAGAAUGUAAAGUUAUUUUCAGAAUAAAGAAUGUUUUUAUUAGAAACUUUAAGAUAUAAUUAAGAAUAUUUAAAUGUAAUAAUUUAAUACAAGUCUCAAUUGUAAAGAUAUAAUAAUUAAUUAAAUGUAGUUUAAAGUAUAAAAUAAUAUUUUAAUAAAAAUUAUGGUUUUGCUAGUUUUUUAAUAGAUGAUAGUAUAAAAAAUACAUAAAAAAUUAUUAAACCUAUAUAAUUACCUAUAAUUUUAGAAUAAGCAAGACAAAUAAGUUUAGAAAUGUUUAAUUUAGAUUAAUUUUCACCUUAAAUGGAUGAUGAUGAUGUUAUAGAUUUGUUUAAUAAACCUAAUAGUGACUUUAACAUAUUAGAUGAAAUUCAUAAUAAUGUUAACUAUUGUAUGUAAUAUCUGUACUUUUAAUUUUUAUAAUUGAUUGUAUGGUUUGAUGAAUAAAAUGUAAUGUUCGAUUAGCAUUGUUAAUAAUUUGUUAAACUUUAAAUAUAAAAUAUUCCUGUUUAUGAUAAUCUAAAGUAUUAAAUAUUGCAGUUAAUGAAAUUCGAAGUUCCUUAGGAUUAAAUAAAAUGUUAUGAAGAUUGUGAAUUAGGAAAAUACUUGAUAUUAAAAAUUAGAAAAUGGAAUGAAUCUAAUUUCAAUGAGAUUUAUGAUAUUAUGGAUAGUAGUGAUUUUUAAUACAUGUGGGUAUAAUUAAUGACUCAAAGUCUAAUUAAUAAAACUUUGGUAAAUAGGUAAAUUUUAAUUGAGUUUUUGGAAUAGGAUAGAGAUGAUUUACGAUUCAUAUUGCUUAAAAUUAGAUUAUUAAUGUAAUUAUUACAUAUGGAUGAUUUUUAAUCAACAAAUAUAAUUAUAAAUUAAAAUAUACAUAAUUAUUAGAAACUAAAUAAAAAAUAUGAAGAUAAGUCUAAGAUAUUGUAAUUGAAGAGUUUAAUAAAAUAAUAUAAAUAUUAAUAUUAUUAUUUAGAAGAAUCAUGGUUUUAACAUUUUAGUUUAAGUUAGCUUAGAUUAACAUAUCUAUUAGCAAUAUGUUAUGCAUUUUCACCAAAACAUAUUGAAAAUUUUCAUAAUUAAAGUUCAUUUGAAAUAACUCAAUUAUAAAGUGCUUUAAAUUAAAUAGAGGAAAAUAAAUCAUAAGAAUCUUAUCAUUUAAUGUUAAAGGCUGCAUAAAUAGUUUAAUUGCAUGAUUAUUGUAACUUACUUGAUGAUGAAGCAAUAGGUUUUGUAAAAUAUUAACAAAUUUAUACUUUUAUUACUUUAAGUUUAUAAUAAGGUGUGGGUUUGUAAUUCACAUUUGAAGCUAUAAAAAGAAUUAUUAAUUAUAAUAUUAAUCCAUCAAUUUUUAUUUUAUUAUUGAUUUAAUAGUUUAUUAGUUUUUAAUUGAUAGAUUAGGUGGAUAUUUUUAUUCGUUUAAUUUAAAAAAUGUAACAAAAUAAAUCAAUUCUAUUAGAAGAAGCUCAUGAAGGAUUUGAUAUGGAUCUGAAAAUCUUCACCUUUUAUACAAAAUCAUAAGAUAUGAAGAUUAUUAAACCAUAUGAUUAAUUAUACAUUAGAUAUCCUACUAUAUAAUAAUAUAAGGAUCUUCUAUUAGAUUCAUAAUGUUUAUUUUAUUUUUCACUUUAUCAUGAAAAUAUAGAAGAACAAUAAAUUUAAAUUAGAACUUAACUUCGAUAAUUACUUUUAGAUGCUAGAUAUACAAAGAUGAUUUAAUUAUAUGAAUCAUUACUUUUAUAUUUUAAUAUGUAAAUUGGUGAAGAAGUAGAUUAAUUGCAUAGUAAAGUUGCUAGAUAUCAAUUAACAGAGAAAACAUUAUUUCAUGCUAUAAUCUGCCAUUAAUUGAGUAGAUAUUAUGUUUGUAGAUAUGAUUACUAAUUAGCUUUUAAUUGUUCUAAACAUGCACUUAAUUAUAUUAAAUCUUCUUAAUUUGAAUAAGCAGUAAUUAUAAAAAUUGAAAAAAAUAUCUUUCAUUUUUAAAAUAAUAUUUAAAAUGAAGAAUUUAUGAAAUUAUUUAAUUUAUAAUUAUUUGAUUGUAUUUAUGAAGAAUCAGAUUAAUAUUAUAAUAAUGUAAUUGAUGAAACAUUUAUUCAUGAAUAAAUAUUGAUUCAUGUAGAAUCAGCUAUUAAUUUAUAAUAUUAAUUCAUUUAUUAAUAAUCUUAUUAAACAAAUAGAGGUAGAUAAUAAUCAUAAUAUUAAUAAACUAAAUAGAAUGAAUAAUAAUAAAUUUUUGAAAUUGAUAUUCAAUUAACAGAUCUAUUAUAUUUGUUAUAGACAUUACCAUUUAGAUCAUAAUAAUUAAAAGUAUUUUAUAUUAUUACAUAAUAUUUAUUGUAUCAUUUAACUCCUGAAGGAAUUCAAAUGGUAGAAAUGAAUCUCAAAAAGAAUUGUAAAUAAAGAUUAAAAGAGAUUGCAAGUUAGAUAUCAUCCAUUAAACUUAUUGUAAGCUAAAAAAUUUAGUAGAAGGAAUUAACUUAAGAAGAAUUUCAAGAUGCAGAAUUAAGAAAGUAAUUACUUUCAUUUGAAUAAAUUAUUUUAAAUAGUGUUGAAUAUGGUAUUAAUAAAGUAAUAAUGUUAUCUUGGAUUCAUUAAUCAAUAGACAGAGCUAUUGAAUUAUGCGAAUAUUUUUAAGAUCAAUAUAUGAUUAAAGUACAUUAUUUUGUGCCUAAAUUCUAAUUAUUAUAAAUAAAGAUGUAUUAAGAGGGAGAAUAAUUAAUUAAAUUGAUUAAUUAAAUAAGUUUUGUUAAUGAUUCUUUAAGAGAUUUUUAUUCAAACAAUUCACAUCCUACAAAAGGAGUACUUUAUUAUUUGAUGGGUCAAUAAAAGAGAUGGUUAAAAUAUCUAUAUAUUAAAUAUAUUGAAUAAGUUAUUGAAUUUCAAUUAUUCAAUAUAGAUGAAUUAAGAGUUAUUACUAAAGGUUUACUUGAACAAAAUCUUAAAUUAUAUUAGUUAUGGGAGAAAUUUGAUUCUCCUUACAAACACACAAUACCAUAAAUAUUGGAGACAUUUAUAUAAGAAGAAGUAGGAACUAUUGUAAAAGACGAUAAUAAUGUUACUGAUUUAAAAGUAUUUUAAGCAGCUGGAAUAGUUGAAGAAUUAUCUAAAUAGUUUUAAAAUUAAAUAGAUUUAAAUGGUAAUUUAGAUUUCAUUUAUUCUACAUCUUAAUUUGAUUAUUUCAAAUAAGAUAAUUUUUACACUUAAGAUAUUAAAUUUAUUUAAUAAUAGGAAAAAUUAAAAUAGCAAUAAGAAUAAGAAUUAUAAUAAUAGCAAUAAGUUGGUUAAAAAAAAAGAUGA